AUGACGUAUCUUUCUUUCCCGCACUCCCCCCCUUUCUCCUUUCCUCCCCCUCUCCCACCCCCCGGCCCCCCGCCCGUCCCCCUGCCCCCCUCCCUGCUUCCCCCGCCCGUUCUCUUCCCCGCGUCUGUUUCCCCGCCGCAGUGCCCUACCCGGUCGCGGCGCUUUGCGGAACGGGCAGCGGCGGCGGCGGGGGCGGCGGGGAUUGCAGUGGCGGGGACGGGGGCCGAGGGGCGGCGCAUUGCUUCCAAGGCAAGUGGGAGGGCGGCAGAGGAGGCGCUUAAUAAUGAGCUGGAGACGUACAUGAAGGACAAGGCUAGGGAUGGGGGCAGCAGUGAGGAGAGGGAGGAGGAGGGCAGGAGGCGCGGCGGGAGGGAGAAGGAUGCAGAGGGAAGAGACGAGGUAAGAGGAGGGCGGAAAGGGGGAAAGGAUUCCAGUGAUAGCGACAGUGGUGGUGUGCGGAGGAGGGGGAGGGGUGAGAAGAGGGGAGGCGACAGGAGUGGGUUGAGUGAGCGACGAAAUGAGGGGAAGGCAGCAGAGGGAGAUAAAAUGGACGAGGAUAAAGGGGACGGGGCGACUGCAGGGGGUAAGCAGGCAGGGGAGUCCGAGGCAGAUGGGGUCAAAGGAGCUGGAGGUGCUAGUGAUAGUGUGAGGGGGGAGGAUGCAGGAAACAAGCGCAAAAGGACGAGUGAGGGUGAGAAUACAGGUGGGAGUGUGGGGGAGGGAGGGGGCGAGGGGAUGAGCUUGGGGCUGGAUGCUAUUGCAGCAGCAGCAGAGGCUGAGGCGGCUGGGGCAGAGGCAGAGGCGGUGGAGGGAGGGAAGGAGGGGACGGAAGGACGCCAAUUCCAGCUGGAUCAGCUUCGAAAAGACUUCAACAAGGCCAACAAGGAAGUCGCCGCCAAGAAGAUUGCGAAGCAGGAUGCGACAGAGGAGAUAGCCAAGGUGAAAUCCGUCGACGAGGCGAUUAAAGCCAAGGCGGUGGAGGUGGAGGAGAAGCGCAAGGAGGUGGACGCGCGCGUGAACACGAUCGGCAACCUGGUGCACGACUCCGUGCCCGUGGACAACGACGAAGACCACAACGCCGUCAUUCGCACGUGGGGCGAGCCCCGCACGGACGAGGGGGUGAAACGCAACCACGUGGAUCUGGUGCACAUGCUGGACAUCGCCGACUUGGAGAGAGGCGCGAGCACGGCGGGGGGGCGAGGGUACUACCUCAAGGGGAUGGGCGUGAUGCUGAACCAGGCCCUCAUCAGCUUCGGCCUCUCGUUCCUCGUGCAGCGCCAGUACACGCCGUUGCACACGCCCUUCUUCAUGCGCAAGGACGUCAUGGCGGAGUGCGCGCAGCUCGCGCAAUUCGACGAGGAGCUCUACAAGGUGUCGGGAGAGGGCGACGACAAGUACCUGAUCGCCACGUCGGAGCAGCCGCUGUGCACGUAUCACCGAGGGGAAUGGCUCGACCCCAAGGCUCUCCCUCUCAGAUACGCGGGGUACUCGACGUGUUUCCGCAAGGAGGCGGGGUCGCACGGGCGGGACACGCUGGGCAUAUUCCGCAUCCACCAGUUUGAGAAGGUGGAGCAGUUCGCCAUUACCAGCCCCAACGCCACCGACUCGUGGGAGAUGCACGAGCAGAUGCUCAAGAACUCGGAGGAGUUUUACCAACAGCUGGGUCUGCCAUAUCGGGUGGUGGCCAUAGUAUCAGGGGCGCUCAACGACAGUGCAGCCAAGAAAUAUGACCUGGAGGCGUGGUUCCCGGCCUCCAAGACCUUCCGUGAGCUCGUGUCCUGCUCCAACUGCACCGACUACCAGGCCAGGCGGCUUGAGAUCAGAUACGGCCAGAAGAAGAUGAAUGAGACAACAAAGCAUUACUGCCAUCUGCUCAACAGCACUCUCACUGCUACAGAGCGCACCAUUUGCUGCAUCCUCGAGACCUAUCAGACGGAGACAGGUGUUACUGUGCCAGAGGUGCUUCGGCCCUUUAUGAUGGGUGUUGACUUCAUCCCCUUCGUAAACGCCCCCCCUAGCGCACCGGCGGAUAAAAAAGCUGCCAAAGCAGGCGGGAAAAAGGAGAAGGGAGGUGGAGGAAAGAAAGCAGAAGCCCCUGCUGCAGCAGCUGCAGUGAAGGAGACUGCGGAUAAGCUAGCAGAGGCUGCCAUUGAUGGAGAUAAGUAA